AUGCCGGGUUAUCUGAACUCCUCCGCCAGGAAUGGCGGCGACGCGGAGAGGGCUUCGCUCAUGUCUAACGUGGACGAGCCAAAGCCUUCGCCGCAAACUUUGACCAAGCUCGUGAGGCGACUAAGGGCCCUGACGCUCGCGUUGUUGCCCCUUGAGGUCGAACCCAGCGAGAUCAACGUCCCGACUAGUCGCGUAAUUACGCCUCAGGUCAUCGCUGCGUACAGAGCAGCUGCCGGAGACUUCCAGGAUGCGCUUCCCUAUUGCCUUCUCCGUGCCCGAGCAGAGUUUAUGUGGGAUGCCAACCACAAUUAUGCCGACUACGAUGAAAAUGUUGCGCGAGCUGUGGCGUGCGAGGUUCUUGCUCGUCGGAUCGUUCACAUUGUCGAACCAGACCGUUUGGGGCCCAUCAUGGCUAGACGCUACCAGCACGUUCAAAUUGACGGGGACAUUAGCGAAAUGUCCAGUACCUUGGAGCUUGCAAUUGACCAACAUUGUACCAUUUUCUUGUCUUCUACGGAGGCGCAAGAUGUUGUUAACGAUUUGUGGCGUGGCGAUUUGGUCCAGAAGAACAUGGCAAAUGGAGACGUCGAUUAUAUCCGGUACUCGGACAAUGUCGAACACAGUUUCUGGGGCCACCUCGACAUUUCUCGACUUUCCGUUCCCCGGUACCAGAACAUGUUCAGGAUCGUGAUUUGGCUCUUCUUCUUGGUGGUUUACUCUCAAGCAGUGCGCGAGCCUUUGGAGAAAGCUCAGGACCAACAUUGGGAUGGAUGGGAGGUCAUCCUCUACUUCAUGUCUCUCUCCUUUAUCAUCGAGGAUACGCACAAGUUCUUCAGCUUGUUGAAGUUUGUCACCUGGCGCGCCUUUACAUUCUGGAACUUCGUCUCGUUUGUCACAGACUCCUUGUUGACAGCGGCCUUCAUUUUCCGAGUAAUGAGUGUCUAUGGUGACGGUGACCACCAAACUCUCUUCAAACUGAGAAGUUUCCAAGUACUCAGCUUUGUUGCCCCCCUCAUUUGGAUGAAAUUGGUCACGGUCUUUGAUGGCUACAAGUACAUUGGCACAAUGCAGAUCUGUGUCGCGCGGAUGUUGAAAGAAUCUGGGAUUUUCUUUGCUUUGCUCUCUGUCCUCGCCCUCGGGUUCACUCAAGGCCUGUAUGCCUUGGAUGCUGCCGAUGGUGCUGCGGAAUCUGUAUCGGAGGUAUGGUUUGCCGAAAUCCUUAAUCGACCGCUUCUCAAUCCAACGACAAUUCAGGUUGUCAACCUUCUCGUCCAAGCUCUCCUCCAAGCACCGGAUUACCAGCGGUAUUCUGCGAGCCCAACAGGAUUGACACUCUAUUACCUAUGGAGCGCAGUGACUGCCAUUGUGCUGCUCAACGUCCUCAUUUCCUUGUUCUCUUCUGCCUACGCGGAUGUGGUUGAGGAUGCAGAAGCGCAAUACCUGGCCUUCUUUGCGAGCAAGACUAUUGGAAUGAUCCGGGCUCCCGACUCGUUCGUUUACCCAGCUCCUUUCAACAUCAUUGAAACUUUCUUCAUCGCACCUUUCGAGUUUUUCCCAAUCAUUCAUCUCAGCAAGAAGAACUACGCCAAGCUGAACCGAUACGUGAUGGGCAUGCUUUUCUUCAUCCCGCUGACUAUCAUUGCGGUAUACGAAUCCGCCCUCGACCCCACCAAGAACGGCUGGAUGAACAACUGGUUCCGCGGUAACGAUGAGGGUGCUGACGACAGCCCAGAGUACCGCAACCCCACUGUUGACGACCCCGCUUUGGAAGGGAAGCAGAUCAGCAGGGUGCCCUUUGAGGAAUUGGUCAAGGUGUUCCCUAACACCGCUCAGUCUUCCGAGGCCACUAUUUUGAAGGAAAUCGAUUCCCUCAAACAACAGAUUGAGGCACUGACCAAGUUGAUUCAAGAGAAGCAGUGAUGAUCGACUCGGAUUCUUGUUGUUAGUGAUCUUUUCGAGCGGAUAGGGCGGUUACGAGCAUUUGACGACUGGAUGAUCUCUUACGGAUUUUGGAUACACCUUAUGCUUUGGACAUGCCUGAUGUGAUUGCUAUGAUUGAUGUU